AUGGUGAACUGUACAAAAAGAAGAGAUAUGUUUAAAGAUGCAGAUAUUAGUUUAAUGAUGAACAGCGAUGGAAGUCCUGUUUUCAAAUCAUCACGAGCCAGUAUGUGGCUAAUUCAGGCUGUCAUCAAUGAACUCCCUCCUCAUCUAAGAUGGGCACAUUGUAUAGUUGGAGGUCUUUGGUUUGGAAAAGGCCAUCCAAACAUGAAGUUAUUCAUGGAAGUAUACAUUAAAGAACUCACCGAUCUCUCUGAACAAGGCAUUCGAUGGAAAAACAGAGACAAAUACGUCGAAUCCCAUGUGUACACUGUAUGUGGGUGUUUUGACUCUCCGGCCAGAUGUGCAGUUCAGAAUAUGAACCAAUUUAAUGGUUAUUUUGGCUGUCCCUGGUGUUUACAUCCUGGAACAUUAAUAGAAGGAGUCAUGAAAUAUAACACAUUAGAAGAAGACCCAGAGUUGAGGACAGAGGAGCAGACUGUAGAGAUUAUGAGCAAAGUUCUCGAUGAAGGCAAAGGCAAUAUAAAAGGCGUUAAAGGGUCUUCACCUUUGAUUCUUGCUGAAGGCUUGGACUUCAUUCGUGGAAUUUGCCCUGAGUAUAUGCAUGCAGUUUUGCUUGGUGUGACACGACAGAUCACAGAAAUCUAUUUAUCAAGUGUAGGCGAGCAAUUUUAUGUUGGAUCCCCCACUGAUUUGCGGCGUAUUGAUAAACGCUUGUUAAAAAUCAAACCACCUCAUGCAUUUACUCGACUGCCAAGGUCUAUCACGGAAAGGAAAUAUUGGAAAGCUAAUGAGUGGAAAACGUGGCUCCUUUUCUACGCUUUACCAUGCCUCCGUGGUAUCCUUCCGGACAAAUUUCUGCAACAUCUGUCAUUACUUUCCGAGUCCAUCUUCUUGCUCUUAAAGGAGUCAGUUUCAAUCGCUGACAUUAGAGGUGCAGACAUUAUGUUAACACAAUUUGUUAUCCAGAUGGAGAUAUUUUAUGGAACUGCUGCCAUGACGUUCAAUGUGCAUCAAAUGCUACAUUUAGCUUCAAGCGUGCGGGACUUGGGCCCUCUUUGGGCUUAUUCAGCUUUUGUGUUUAAAGAUGGCAAUGGCAAAAUGUUGCAUCUGGUAACUGCAGCCAAAGGUGUUCCCCUUCAAAUUUUAAAUAGAUUUGCCAUGGGAAAGAAACUUGAGCACUUGUUUAAUCAGAAGGACAAUUCUGAAAAAGUUUCUAGAUUCUAUGAGGGCUUACAUUCCUAUAAUCUAUUGAAAAAUUGCAGGACUCUAGGCAAUGGUGUGCAUUUACUUAGCAGGGAGAAAGUCUCCAAGACUUUCAAUGCAACUGAAAGGCAGGCAUACAUUGAUGCAAUUGGGGCUGUUCCUGACGUGGUAUCUGAAUAUGCCAGAGUUAUUCUUAAUUCUCGCAUGUAUCACAGCGAAGAAUAUACACGAGCAGGAAGGACUGACAACACCGUCGUAAAACUUCAGUCCAAUUAUGGCAGUGAAUAUGUGAAGAUUGAAAAAUUUGUUGUUAUGACUGUUGAUAACAUUUUACAAUGUCACAUUCUAUGUCGAGAGCUGCUAGCCCCUGUUCAAGUAGCACCUGCAACUUAUAUGCCAAGGCAUAUAAAGGAGCAUAAAUUGACUCCUAAGGAACAUUCCAUUCUCGUUCCAGUUGAGAAAAUCAGGCACAUCUGUGCAGUUGUCGAGGUAGACUCGUUUUUAUAUGUUUGUGAAAUACCUAACUUUCACGAAAAAGAUUAAGAUAUGAUACAACUGAUUUGUAUUACUUGAUAUUGUAUAUAUUUUAUUGUAUAAUUGUAUUAUUAUAUCAUAUAUAUUUGAUAUUCAUUUC